UUCAGAAAGCCACAGUGUUUGCAUAUGCUACCAAGAAUCCAAGUUAGGUUGAAAGCGGCAAUCAAUAAGGAAACAAGAAGUCAGACCAACAAACGAUUUUGUCGGGAAUCUGGGUAACGCGAGCAACUGUCAGCUGUUAACGAGGUGGGAACACAACGCCACCAACUCCAAACUCUAUUGCUGGCUCUGUGAACUUUCAGUGAGGAUCGUCAGUGCAGCGUCAAGUUGUUACAGAUUUCAACCUCUAUUGUGACGUCGAACAAGCUAUGAGUAUGGCGCAGCCGUGAGACGGAGAGGCUAUGGGGUGAAUAAUCAAACGAGAUUUACAUAGUGCAUCAAACAUUUGAUACAUGCCGAUCAUGAUUUGGCUGAACUGUAUCCCAAUACACAGGCACAGGUUCAAGGGUGAGGGGAGGUUGACAGAGUUUGCAAGUUUAUUGCACAUAAGGGUCACGAGGUGGUUAUUGACAGCUCAAUCAGAAUAGAGAAGAGCAAAGGGAGGGGCUCACGCUAAACUAAGCAGACGUGUCAGAUGGAGACACGGGAGAGGCUGAGAGAUGGAAACGCCUUCGACGAUGAAGUCAUAUGGGGUGAGGUGGAACGUCUUUCUUUGUGUUACGAACAGUUGUUCCCAUUCACGACGUGACAAAGAGUCUGAAUAAAGUCACGGGGUUUUGCGCGUGCUAUACUCGGAAGGUCAUCACAGUUGAAAAAGCCAAUGUAGAAAUCGCCAUUAACACGAGGAACUCUCGUAAAUGAGCUGCAGGGUCCUUGUCAGGGGUUGUAAAAAUGAACGUCAGCUUAUGAGUGGUUGUGUGGCCACCUCCUGUCCUCCUUUAACUAAGUCAAUGCCUUGAGGAGGAGAAGAUGGUGCCACUGGCUCGGACCUCGAUCAGCUAACAACCUGAUAAAAAUGAGAAGGUAAAGACUGUGAAUAGGAGUCGGGGCCAUCGGUUGAGCCUUGAGCUGUUGGGUAUUGAGAAUCACAGUCUGGCAUAAAGUGAUACAGUGUAAUCUGUAGGAGGUAAUUAGGGGGUCUAAUUACUGAUGAACUUGACAUUGAUCUCCGGACCUCCUCUGGCAGAAGAAAGGCACAGGUUUCAAAUAAUGAUUUGUUCUCAAAUUCAAUGAAAACCAUGUCAGAUAUUAAUCAAUUCUAGAAUAACCAUACGCUGAACAGGGGGUUUAAUAUAAUUUCGCCAGGGAAGGGACAAGGUGUAGAGCCACAAUGACCCGCAAGACCUGUUUGAUUGGAGUGAGAAGAGCACGCAGCCCCCUUUCUAUUAGAGGACCUCGUGUCGCGGAUCGUUUGUCUGUGUGGCCCGGAUGGGAGAUGGCAAUAGUCUGAGAGGCGUAGACUAACUGACUAUUGGAUAUGAAGGAGUUGAGAGUCCAGAUGCAUUCCUUGUGAUAUUCUGGCCUGGAGAUGAAGGGAUCGGGAACAAUAGCGGUAAUAGCAUUGUGGGAAUUACUACAGAACCAUACUCUGAGGUCAAUAAUGACGUGAACGAGAUACAAGCAUCAGACUUCCUCUCGCUACUGGCUGAUGAGAUAACUCGAGUAUCGUGAAACAAGUGACUGAGCUGCGUUUCUACAGAGAUCUUGAUCGUAGCUGGAAGUCAAAUCUCGAAGCCGCUGAAAACUACCUAACCUGAGUUAGACCCUGGGCUAUGGCACUGGCAGCCCGUGUCGUCCCCUGUAAUCUGGGUCCAGUUCCCCACUCUCAGCCUGCUUAGGUCGUCUCUCUGGCUGCAUCUACCCACGUUGGCCUUUUUAGAACAUCCCCACUUCCCUCUGCUUGUGCUCUCUCUCCUGAGUUCAAAGUUGAGCUUCUUCUUCUUCUCCUCUCCUCCUGAUCUUCCCCUUUCUCUCUGACCUUCACUUUGACUCUGAUCCAGAUACUCAAUCUCUCGAGAUACCCGAUACCCUUUAAACAUUUUAUUCUUCCUUAAUCUAAUCCUGUCGAGGUUGCUUCCUUCUUUUCAGGACCUCGCUGCUGUCACUCUCUGUUCUUUACUUUCUCUGUCCCUGUCGACUCACGUUGCUCCAACGCAUUCACCCACGUAACAGCUUCUCAAUACCGCAAUCAUGAAGGGUACGCUUCACCUGGCCACUCUCGACUUCUCCAGCAGCUAAAAAUGCGUAGGACUUAUUCUUGUCGGCGGCUUUGGCACUCGCCUUCGCCCUCUCGUACGUUACCCCUCAGGCGCGCAAAACUCCUGUGCACCCCUCCAAUAUAUGUUUUGUGUGACUGACAUGCUGUGGCGCAUUACAGACCCUCACUCUCCCCAAGCCUCUUGUCGAGUUCGCCAACAAGCCCAUGAUUGUGCACCAGAUUGAGGCGCUGGUCGCAGCGGGUGUCACUGAUAUCGUCCUUGCUGUCAACUACAGACCUGAGAUCAUGGAGAAGUUCUUGGCUGAGUACGAGGAGAAGUACAACAUCAACAUCGAAUUCUCCGUCGAGACUGAGCCCCUCGAUACCGCUGGACCCCUGAAGCUUGCUGAGAGUAUUCUCGCUAAGGACGACUCUCCCUUCUUCGUCCUCAACUCCGAUGUCAUCUGCGACUACCCCUUCCAGGACCUCCUGGCUUUCCACAAGAACCACGGCAAUGAGGGUACCAUUGUCGUCACCAAGGUUGAGGAACCCUCCAAGUAUGGUGUUGUUGUCCACCAGCCCGGUCACCGCUCUUUGAUCGACCGAUUUGUCGAGAAGCCCGUCGAGUUCGUCGGCAACCGUAUCAACGCCGGCAUGUACAUCUUCAACACUUCCAUCCUCGACCGUAUCGAGCUCCGCCCGACUUCUAUCGAGAAGGAGACCUUCCCCGCUAUGGUCAAGGACAACCAGCUUCAUUCUUUCGACCUUGAAGGCUUCUGGAUGGACGUUGGACAGCCCAAGGACUUCCUCAGCGGUACAUGCCUGUACCUCUCUUCCCUCACAAAGAAGGGCAGCAAGGAGCUCACUCCUCCCACUGAGCCCUACGUUCACGGCGGAAAUGUCAUGAUCCAUCCCUCUGCCAAGAUUGGCAAGAACUGCAGGAUCGGACCCAAUGUCACGAUCGGUCCUGAUGUCGUUAUCGGUGACGGUGUCCGCCUGCAACGAUGUGUCUUGCUCCGUGGCUCCAAGGUCAAGGACCACGCCUGGGUGAAGUCCACCAUCGUCGGCUGGAACAGCACCGUUGGCCGAUGGGCUCGCCUCGAGAACGUGACAGUUCUCGGCGACGAUGUCACAAUUGGUGAUGAGAUCUACGUCAACGGUGGCAGCGUCCUCCCCCACAAAUCUAUCAAGGCUAACGUCGACAUUCCUGCCAUUAUCAUGUAAGGAGCGAUCUAACGAACCAUCGCCUUAUUCGAAGCUCGCUGGAGGACACACCAGCGAGAUUUCUCAUCUAUGCUCUAAUCUCGAACGACAGCGACGAAGAAGAAUUCAAGAAGCAAAAUUCACCACUCUGGGGAGAUGUGCUGGCCACCAUUCUAUACCAUGGAGGCGGGGCGGGAAGAAAUCAAGAGCCUGCCGCUCUCUCUAUCUUAAUACUUUUGUGCAAUUGUCUAAUGCCCCUUUAUGCGUGUUUAUCUGGCGUCUAGGUCGAUAUUUACAGAGGGCGGGCAGGCAGGCAAGCCAUGGAAGGACAAAACAAGGCAGUUGGGCAGGCAGGGUUCAUGGCAGCUCUCUGAGGCAGCCAUGUUAAACGUCUAUGUUACAGUUAUUUGUAUUAAAGAAGGUGGCUCAAUACCAUUUUGAAACUUUACGGCUUUUCCCGUCCCUCGUGAGAUGUGUUAACAUAGCUCAGCAAGACAAGUUAUGUGUAGUCGGGGCUUUGGUGUAGUUUUCUGAGACAUUCCCGGACAUGCACUGCGUGGUUUACACUGUUGGUUUUGAUUCAAAUCCAGCGGAGGGAGCAACUCAUGACCAGCGAGAGGAGAGAAUUAAUGUUCAGAUGCUACGGCCUCAGUGAGCAGGAAAACUUGAGCCUUUAGAGGAGAGUACUAGAAUAAACUCAGUAAAGAGUCCCCUAAGUUCAGAUCAAAUUACCUAAAUCUUUUCGUCAC